AUGAGAAUGCAGAUGCUCCUUCCAGUACUGGUUGCCACAUUGCUGCUAGCGUCGCUACGGCGGCUGCCGGCGGUGGCCGCAGCGGCGCCAUGCCAGCGGCGGUGCGGCUCGGUGGACAUCCCUUACCCAUUCGGCAUCGGCCGCGGCUGCUACCGCGACUCCAGCGACCUUGUCUUCUCGCUCACCUGCAACCUUACCGCCGACGGCACCCUCCGGCCGUUCAACAACAUGCUGGAGGUGCUCGACGUGAACCUGCGUCGGGGCCAGCUGCGCGUCCAGAACCGCAUCAACUCGUGGUGCUACAACCGCACGUCUCGGUCCAUGGACGUGCAGAACAACUGGGCGUACGAGCUCACUUCCUUCCGGGUCUCCGACACCGAGAACCGGUUCACCGUCAUCGGCUGCGACGCCCUCGCCUACGUCGGGUCGCCGCCGGAAGGGGCCGCCAGCGACCGGUACAGCGUGGGGUGCCGGUCCAUGUGCCCCAGCGCGGGGCGGCUGGCCAACGGCUCCUGCUCCGGCAUGGGGUGCUGCCAGGCGGCGAUACCGCCGGGGCUCAACCUCUACAAGGUGUGGUUCGAGGACAAGUACAACAGCAGCUCGGGGGGCGUGGCCGAUUUCAGCCCGUGCAGCUACGCCGUGCUGGUCGAGGCGGCGGCGUUCCAGUUCCGGACCACGUACGUGACCACCGGCCAGUUCAUGGAGGCCACCGGCGGGCAGGUGCCGCUCGUGCUGGACUGGGUGGCUGGGAACCAGACGUGCCGGGAGGCGCCACGGAGCGCCGCCUACGCCUGCAUCAGCGGCAACAGCGAGUGCGUCGACUCCAGGAACGGGCCCGGCUACCUCUGCAACUGCUCCACAGGAUACAAAGGAAAUCCUUACGUGACCGAUGGCUGUAAAGAUAUUAACGAGUGCGAGGGAAAAGAUGUGCCGUACCCCUGCUCUGUUCGUAACACCUGCUCUAACACUCCCGGGGGAUUCAAGUGUUCAUGCCCUGGUGGUAGAUUAGGCAAUGCUUAUACAGGGACAUGCGAGAAAAAGGGAUCUGAGCGUCCAUGGCAAGCCGCAAUUGGUGUUAGCAUCGGCGUAGUGAUGUUGGCAUUGGGCGCGUCCUGCACGUACGCGAUCCAGGAGAAGCGGCGGCUGGCCGUGAUCAAGAGCCGGCACUUCCGGCAGCACGGCGGGCAGCUCCUCUUCGAGGAGAUGAAGAAGUCCAUCAGCAAGCAGGGGAUCUCCUUCACGCUCUUCACCAGGCAGGAGCUGCAGGAAGCCACGGGCGACUUCGACGAGCGGCACGUGCUGGGCAAGGGCGGCAACGGCACCGUGUACCGCGGCACGCUCCGGGACGGCACGGCGGUGGCGAUCAAGCGGUGCCGGGUCGCCGGCGAGGACGAGCGGCAGCAGCGCGAGUUCGGCAGGGAGACGCUGAUCCUGUCCCAGAUCAACCACAAGAACAUCGUGAAGCUCUACGGGUGCUGCCUGGAGGUGGAGGUGCCGAUGCUGGUGUACCAGUUCAUCCCCAACGGCACCCUCUACCAGCUCAUCCACGGCGCCAGCGGCGCCGUGGUGCCGUUCGCGGCGCGCAUGAGGAUCGCGCACGAGACCGCGGAGGCGCUGGCGUACCUGCACUCCAUGGCGUCCCCGCCCAUCAUCCACGGCGACGUCAAGUCCCCCAACAUCCUCCUCGACGAGGGGUAUGGCGCCAAGGUGUCGGACUUCGGGGCGUCGUCGCUGGCGCCGGCGCCCGCGGACGAGGCGCACCUGGUGACGUUCGUGCAGGGCACGUGCGGGUACCUGGACCCGGAGUACAUGCAGACGUGCCGGCUCACGGAGAAGAGCGACGUGUACAGCUUCGGCGUCGUGCUCCUGGAGCUGCUCACGUCGCGCAAGGCGCUCAACCUCGCCGCCCCCGACGACGAGAAGAGCCUCGCCGCCAGCUUCCUGUCCGCGGCGAGGGAGUCCCGGCUCGACGGCCUGCUGGACGAGCGGAUCAAGAGCGAGGUGGGGGCGGAGGCGCUGGUGCGGGUGGCGAAGCUCGCCAAGAUGUGCCUGGAGAUGUCGGGGGAGAGGAGGCCUUCCAUGCGAGAAGUCGCCGAGGAGCUUGACAGGAUCAGGAAGAUGUCGUCGUCGUCGUCGCCGCAGAUCAAUCCAGGCCAGCUGCUCCUAGAUGAGGGUGAAGCUCACUCCAUUGUGGAUGUGAGAUUGUGA